AUGGCUACUACUCUCCUUCCGUUCCGCGAUAUCAACCUCCACGCCUCCUCCUCUCAUUACGCUUUUACCUCGCCCUCUUCACCGAAUGCUCCCACGCUUGUUGUUGAUCGCCCAACAGGCGACUUACGGCUACACGAUGGCACCCUUCCUGGUGCUAAGCGCAUUUCCAGUAUCGCCGGUAUACUGGGUAUGAUCAAGUUGAAGCUGGACAAAUAUAUCAUCGUGAUCACUAAAGCCCUGCCUAUGGGUCGACUACGCGGACACAUGGUCUACAAAGUAGCAGCUACUGAGUUCUUACCCCUUCGUGAGCGCCCGCUACAUGACAACGAUGAGGACACGUAUUUGGCGCUGCUAAAAGAGCUCCUCCGCACGGGGCCGAUGUAUUUUUCUUAUGCCUUGGACCUCACCAACAGUUUCCAGCGUCAGUCGCAAAGCGAUGCUAGCCUUCCAAUGUGGAAGCGAGCUGAUGAUCGGUUCUUUUGGAACCGCUUCAUUCAAUCGGAUCUCAUAGACUUUAGCCUCGGAGGGCACGAUACAACGAGUGUACGCUAUGGACCCCAGCCCGGGGUUGACCCUUAUAUUCUCCCCGUCAUGUAUGGAAUGUUACGCAUCACUCCUGCAAAGGUUAAGUCGACUACGUUUACAUUUGCUCUCAUUACGAGAAGAUCUAGACACCGUGCUGGGACAAGAUACUUCUCACGUGGUAUCGAUGAACAGGGCCACGUUUCGAAUUACAACGAAACCGAGCAGAUUGUGAUCCUGAAUGAUGCGACUGGUGGGCUAUCGGGGUUUGCUGGAGGGCAGUCCAUGAAAGAAAAACCCGGAGAUUCGGGUCGGGACCUUCAGGUCAUGGCUUAUGUGCAGACCCGCGGGAGUGUCCCCGUAUAUUGGGCCGAAGUCAACAAUCUCAAGUAUACCCCCAAACUUCAGGUUCGUGGGGUGGAAACAGCUGUCGAUGCCGCACGAAAGCAUUUUGCUGAGCAAAUCCGGUUGUAUGGAGAAAACUACUUGGUUAACCUUGUAAACCAGAAAGGGAGAGAGGAGCGAGUCAAGGAUGCAUAUGAGCAGCUCGUACGCAUUUUGGUCUCUCCAUCGACCGAGAAUACCGAGGUCGACGCAGUAUCAUCCGAGAAGAUACAUGCCUUGGAACCCGGUCAAAGGCAAAAGGAAUUGGACCGUCUCCACUACGUCUACUUCGAUUUCCACAACGAAACAAAGGGGCUGCAAUGGCACCGCGCAGAAUUGCUGAUGGAUCGUUUAAUUGACGGUCUUACGCGAGGCGGUUAUUUCCGUGGUGUAGAGGAUCCUGGCGUGCCUGGUGGACAGCUGGAUAUGCGAUCUUCACAAACCAGCGUUGUUCGUACCAACUGCAUGGACUGCUUGGAUCGAACGAACGUAGUGCAGAGUAUGCUUGGACGCUGGGCUGUAACACGCCAGCUCACUGACGCUGGGGUCCUACGUCAAGGUGAAGCUGCAAAUGAUGACCGGGACUUUGAGGAUCUUUUCCGUAACAUCUGGGCCGAUAAUGCAGACGUCGUCUCUAAAUCGUACUCCGGCACCGGGGCACUCAAGACAGAUUUCACCCGUACUGGCAAGCGUACUCGCGCUGGCAUGCUGCAAGACUUGAACAAUUCCAUCACGCGAUACGUGAAAAAUAACCUCUUGGAUGGCCCCAGGCAAGAUGGAUUUGAUGUCUUCUUGGGCACCUACCUUCCUCCAAAUUCCACCCUUGGCAACCUUCAACUUUUCCUAGACCGCCGACCUCUCAUGAUCCAGUCCAUCCCUUAUAUCCUUGCUGCUGGUGUCUUCAUGGUUCUAAUUUCCAUAUUUACGAGGCGAUUGCCUGACGCUGCCGUGUGGCCUUUGCGUCUGUUCGUCAUAUUCUGGCUGGUAGUUUCUGCCUGGUGCGCGCGCUUUAUACUCGGGCACGGGAUGCUUUACGUGAACUGGCCCAAAUUGAAUACACCAGCUGCUGGAUCCGAAGGAUAUCAAGAUGCGAUGAUCAAGGCCCGAUCGGAUCCUAUCAUUGGGCAAUUUCUUCCUUCCAGAAGGCACCAGAGGGGCUAUAGCAAUGCUCGACUUGGCUUUCUGGAAGAAGGGAAAACUAGGAUCGAAUAG